CUUCCUUUCCAAUCCGCCAUCUGCGGUGGGACCACCGCCGAGAUGCAGAUUUUCGUAAAAACCCUUACGGGGAAGACUAUCACGCUCGAGGUUGAACCCUCGGACACUAUAGAAAAUGUAAAGGCCAAGAUCCAGGAUAAGGAAGGAAUUCCUCCUGAUCAGCAAAGACUGAUCUUUGCUGGUAAACAACUGGAAGAUGGACGUACUUUGUCUGACUACAACAUUCAGAAGGAGUCCACUCUUCAUCUUGUGCUAAGGCUUCGUGGUGGUGCUAAGAAAAGGAAGAAGAAGUCUUACACCACUCCCAAGAAGAACAAGCAUAAGAGAAAGAAGGUUAAGUUGGCUGUCCUGAAAUAUUAUAAGGUGGAUGAAAAUGGCAAAAUUAGUCGCCUUCGCCGGGAGUGCCCUUCAGAUGAAUGUGGUGCUGGAGUUUUUAUGGCCAGCCACUUUGACAGACAUUAUUGUGGCAAGUGUUGUCUGACUUACUGCUUCAACAAACCAGAAGACAAGUAAUGUGUAUGAGUUAAUAAAAGACAUGAACUAAUA